AUGCGCAUUUCCUCCACUACCAGUCGCGAUGCGCGGACGAACGAGGCGAGCUCGGGCGCAGGUAGCAGUGCCAUGGUCAAGAGUCUGCACGCAGAUACGCUUGUAUCAUCUGCUCAAUUGCAUGCCGACGUGUAUCGGCCUCCUUCAACUCUCCUCAUUUGGCGCAGGACCAUACACUCGCGUUUCCGCCAUUGGGCUGGAGCUGGGCGUCUGAUCCGAAUCAGAACGAUACUCGAAGCGUCCCCAGGACCAGAAAGUAGUACGGGAUCCAUAGGAGAACAAGGUCCCGGUCACAAUAUCGCGAAAGGCCAUGCCAACGGCCCGCAGCUGCACAACUCGUUCAACGUCCCCACAAAUCUUGGCCUUGCAUAG